CUCCUCGUGGGCAGACAUCGCUCGAUCUUUGGCGACAGAAGAGUGGCGACACGUGGAGGGAUAGGUGGACAAAGGGGGGCGUUUCAUCAACCUUCGUUCCCCUGAUGAACGCCUUCUGCGGCAGUUCUCCGCGCCACGCGCCAGCGCCACAUGCAACCACAAUUUUUCCGUCCUCUGUCCCGUCCUUUCUUCCGUUCACCUUCAACAUGUCCCAGAACCAGCACCGUCUCACUCCGUCGUCGUCCAACUCGCAAAGGAGGCCCGCCCGCAACAGCUCUUCUGGGGGAGGGUCGUCCUCCAGCGGUGGUUCGAGCGGUUCUUCCAGCAAUAAGCGCCGCCACACCAACGGGUCCGGCAUCGGCAAGAACAGAUCCCGGUGUGCUGCCAUCUUCGACGUCAUGGAAGAGGAGGACGAGAACGUCGACCCCCGACAGGCCGUCGCGGAUUUAGUGAAGGUGAGACCGCGGGUGUUGGAGCACACAUCUCGCACAUAGUCUCCGAUGACUGUACAAUAGCUAGUCAAGUGCACGUCGUGCUCUUGUCCCGGUAGCAUGCGUGGCUUGCUGCAGGUCAUACGCUGAAAUGUUCAUCAGCCAGACCUGGAGUCUGAAACCCCGACAUUCUCGUCCUGCUGUGGCCCACCGAUCCCCUCAUGCAUGUAGCAUGAUGUGCUACUGCCAGCCUUUCUCGUGUUCAUUCUUCUACUUCAACCGCUGGCAUCUGCGCCUCCUGUCCACACAACCCUUGUUGGAAAAGGUCCGAGAGACUCCAUGUUCGUAAAAGCAACCAUUCAAAUUCCAAGGUAGCGGCGGAAGUAGCAGUAGAAGUACGAUACUUACUGAAGUGUACAUACAACACCCGCGGAGAAUGUUAUAUUUUUGAUCCGUGUGCUGUGACACCUGUUGCGCUUUAUUGUCACCUGUUUGCCUCCCGUGGCACGCGCGCGGGGGGGGGGGGGUGUAAGCACGGCUCCACAUUUUAGUCGCCGACACUGCUCUCCUCUCCGUAUUUUUUACCGCGUAAGCCUCUGCUCCGCGACAUUCCGGUUCUCACGCGACCAACAGGACCACUUCGACCCUAUGUGCACAACCUACAAGUACCUGGUUAUUGGUUUGCUUUUGCAUGGCGUAUCAGCCGCACAUUCCAUUCUACACCUACAACGCAUUCUCAAAGAGCCUCGUUCCUGGUGCUCUUCUGCGUGGUGGGCGAUGACCUUCAAACAGCCGGACUUUCGCCCUUUCGCCUCGACGACGUUUCCACCGCGUCUCAUCCUUUUCUCUUCUCCCUCAUAAACAUAUUGCGAUGAAUACCCUCAACUCCAUGUGAGCUGAGGUCCCAAUAUGGCGAGUUGGUAUAUGCCCACCACCGGAGGCAGGCUAGUUUCCUCUGUUGAGAUGUGACGAGGAAUAUCAAGCGGUGACCGAGCGUGCUAGGUCAAGGCUAGGGUAUGGUUGCGAGUUGCGAGUAGGCGUUGGCCGAGACCCUUCCUGGCUCUCGGUACCAACCCUAAAGAUCCACCACGACCCCUGUCGGAGCAAAGAACUCACAGAGUAAAAUCCAGAGCAGAGCGAUGAAUUAUCGUGUGUCAAAGGUUUAUGACACCCUCUAUGUGUGUGUAAGUUAUAAGAAGAUGCGAAUAUCCCGGCUUCCACAGUACUGAUGUAAGCCCAAAUGGGAACUUUUUGGGGACACGGCUCUCAAAUUGCCUAUUUGCCGCGCCGUGGUCGUGAAAUGAAGCGGAAAUAUUUGCCUGUUGUCCAUAGCAUAAUUGUGGAGGCGAUACGCUGUGUCAUGUACUGCUAUGUAAUACCUGCGUGUUGUGUGCCACUCCUGGGCCCCUCUGACUUGCUGUACACAAUCCCCAAAGCCGUGGGUCCCUUGUUCGUAAAACUGCUCCUGUCCAAACUUCGUACACAUAGCAUACAGCAGUAGUGCUGCUAAAGUUUGGCUGACUGGCUGCAGCAACACUUUCCACACUGGAGCCAAGUCAGCCUUGGGCCGUCAGGACUGUACAGACUCUUGUGACCCAUGACCUUGCACUGACUGCCUACGAGGGUUUAUCUUUACCAUUCUGUUACACAGAAAGCUUUUUUAUCGCAUUUUCCCUUCUCUACUGCCUUGACACUUGAGACCGCUCCAUGUCUCUCGCCCUCCUCCCCUCGCGCUUAUCCACCGGACGGGGAAGGUCAAACGGCCUCCCCCCCUUCAUCCACAGCACACGCAUCUGACAUCCACGUGCCUGCCCCGACGUGUCUGCUUGUUGUCAAACUCGCGGAAGGCGACAUCGAAGCAAGCAGUUGCCUCUUCUAUCCCUGAGGCCGCCGGCGCCAUGUCGGACGCCAUGCACGUCAUGGAGGGGUGCCCCGCGCUACGUUCGGCAGUGCUUUGCCGCCUGGCCAACGCCGAAGGCCUGAUGGUGAGAGACUACACGUCAAAGCAUCCAACCAAUCCGAAGCGUUUGACGGAGAAAGGAGCCACAAGCAAUUUACGGUCCUGAGACGUAUACAUAUCUAGGUGGUCGGACGAGGGUAUUUUCGAACGUAGAUGUCGGAUACGAAAGCCCCCCGCACGUGGGCGUCGGGUAUUCAUUUCCAAUCCUUUGAUUGAAUC